AUGGAUGAUGAUAUUUAUCAGUCAGAAAAUGGGCUCUAUCUUACAUAUCCUUACAUGUCGGAUGAUCAUAUGAUAGAUAUUCUGGAUAGUAAAGCAAAACACUCUGCGUUUGGAACUAAACAAAAAUGGUAUCCAAAUGAUCUAGAAAAUUUAGAUAAGAACAAGGUGUUUUACGUCCAUCGCAGACGAUUCACUCGACCAUAUGGUCGAUAA